CAGACUGACAAGCAAUGAUUGGUUUAUGACUUAAAAUCAUGAAUAUUUGAAUAUAUCAAAGUAGUUUCAAUAUUUUACAACACAAACUUGUUGUGAUGGCCGUAACAGCAUUCAUUCUUUCGUCAUCUCUUAUUUUUCGGGUUAUCAUACUAUGGAUAGCUAUCACAGACUUUUUGCCGAGAGUGUCAGGGCACCGAGAAACAGUAAACUCGAGAAUGCACAACUUUAUGGGACCAACUGUUACUUCUCGGCAACGGAUGUUUACAAGUGACACAGACGCUGGCACAAUUAAUAAAAGCCUCCCACAAAGUAGGUUGUUCCAAUCACAUCCCCAGGGUUGGCAACCAAAUAUAGGUGACCUUUUUCAGAACCAAGCAACUCCCUCUGAGUCGGGAAAACAAUUUUUUAAAACAUGGACAUCAUCAGAUUCUAAACAAGACAAAAAUGUCGGUAGCAGUCUUUCAAGAGAUGAGUUCCUGCAAUCAAAACUACUAAAUAACAGAGUAUCAGGCUUUCAAUCGUGGUCGUCAAAACCAACGUUCAUCAAUAGCGGAAAAUUUUCAGUAACAGAUAAAUUAGGCAAUGAAGAUAACAAUGCCACUACCAAUGCAAUGAUGAAGAAAUUUUUCCAACAGUUUCAGUCUAUCAACAAUAUCAACAAUAUGUCAAAUGAUGGAACAGUUGAAUUCCGUACAUGGUCAUCAGGUCAAUCACCAUCAAUGAAGAGCGGUGAUUCAAUACCUACUCCAGUGUUUUAUAAAUUCAGAGAAAAUGGAAACGAUUCAAAACAUAACAACAAGCAACCAGAACCCAUUUCUUUGAACGGAAAUAUCGACAUCUUACCUUUUCAAAAUCUGCAACAAAAAGAAAAUAUGGGAGUGGAAAGACUCCAACCUUUUCCUAACGUUGGACACACCAUAAACCCAAGGUCAUUUACAAAACCAUCUGAAACUUUUCAGACCAUGUUUGAAAGAUUAAUGCUACCUUCAGCUGUACCUUUUUCAAGUGAACAUUUUAUCAACAUGCCGGAAAGUAUUAAAAAGCGCAUUGAAGCAAGACGUGCUCUGCAGGCUAAAAAUGCUAAUAAAGCAGAAAGAGAAAAGGGAACUAAAAUUGAUCGGUUAUUUAAAAAACUUCCUCUGUCGGAUUUCAAAAGAGAUCAUUUAAAGGUUUCCAGUCACGAAAUUCAAAAAAGACUAAAACAAAUUGUAGCAGACUGGGUCUCAAACCAAACUGAUUCUCGUAAACAAAAUGAAUCGAAAGUACAACAAACUGGAGGUAAGACAGAUCUUUCAAAAGUCAACGUUUAUAAUCAAACUGAUCAAAUUGUUAAUGAUAAGAACAACAAGUCUUAUUUGGAUAAAGUACAUGUUAUCGAAACACGCUCUCCUUUGACAACACAGACACCAGCGGUAAGUACUUCAAAUCAACCAGAAGGCACGCUUAAUAACAAUCAAAGAUACGUUGAAUUAGUUAUUGAUUCAAAUAAAACAGCACCAAAACAUAUGCCACAAAUUACUUUACCUGUUGAAGAUGCUGGUAGAAAACAUUUUAAGAAACAAGUUCAAGACAAACUUUCUACUGUUAGUGUAAAACGUUUUCAAACAUCUAAAUCAGGCUCGAAUAUGGAACCUUCAUCUAACGAAAGGUUAUAUAUAAGUUUACGUAAUGGAUUACUUAAUGAUGGGGUGUUUAAAAGAAAUGAAACAAAAUAUUUGCCCGAUUUGAAAAGUGGCGUAGCUGAAAAUAAUCGUUCUGGAAAACAUAUCAAUGGCACAAAAUCUUUAGUUUUACAACUGACAAACGAAACAGUGUCAAUUAAACACAAUGAAAGUUUUUUGAUAUCGCCUGACAAUAGUAACAUAAGUAUUCCUCUUCAGAUUCCAAAAUCAUUUAAUACAAAGGCAGCACAUAUUGUGGAUACAACAGGAAAUAUUGGCAAAAAAGCACCUUUUACAACUUCUAGAUAUUUUGUAACCCAGUCAAAUGUGAAUGUUGAUAUAAAUACAGAACAAAACCGUUUUACAACACAGCCGUUCUCUCCUCAUACAAGUGCGGCGUCAUCUGUUGUUUCCAAAACUACAGGGAAAGAACAGAAAAACAAUUUUUCAAGAGAUCAGUACAGUGCAGUAACACAGCAACAUAUUGCAAAGCAAAACAAAUCUAAAGAUAUGUAUAUGUCACAUAUGCAAGAAACUACGACGCAAAGUAAAAUUAUAACAGCAGAACCGAAAACGGAAAGCCUUAAGACAAUAGCAGAUAACAAAUUGUCAUCGCACUUGAAUAUGGAAUCAAAAGAAAAUAUGACAGGAAAUCAAAACGUUACCUCGCCAACUUUUAUUAAAGAUAAUCCUAGUGUUACGACAAAGUCUACCCCAGAAAAGGGUGUAGCAAUGGGUUUUGAAAUGACUAAUAAUGAUGUCUUAUUAUCAAAAAGUGUUGGUGUUAACAUGUCCUUAUCAAAAAUAUCGCAUACAGUACCAACAAUAAACGCUAUAAGAACGUCAGAAAUGUAUCAAAAAUCUAAAUUGAGUACCAAUUCACCACUACAAACAACAGGAGAAAACAGUCAAUAUUUUUCUGUGCAAGCAAACGACUAUAAUACUAAGCUUCCGACAGAACCUACUCACAACCCUCACAUGUCGGCAGAACCCAUUUUGGAAGCAACAAGCUUGUCUAAUAUUAACAACAAAUCAAAUGAUAGCUUCUUGUUUGACUUAAAAGCCAACGAAAACAUCGAUAAAACGACAAAUCAAAGACAAACAAUACAAAAUAAGUUAACAUCUACUGAGGCAAUCCAGGUUGUAAAAGUAUUGAAGUUUCCAGUCAAUGGCAACUUUGUUAAUAUAAACACUGGACAAGUUGUUUUAAAAACAACAGACAUUCCUUUAUUUAAAAAUGUUGUGAGAGAAAAUAUAAACGAACAUGUAUCUUUAGGAGCUGCAAAUGUUAAAUCUGCAACCAUUGAUGCAUAUAAAACGACUCUCGCUUAUCACCAAAGUGCAAAUCCUUUGACACAAGCUGGCAACGAGAAAAUCAAGUUUACUCAAGAAGAUGUAGAAGUCCCUACAGAUAGAGAUUUCGUAUAUUCAAGCAUGACAACAACAGAAAGUGUAUAUCCCAUAAAAUCGAAAUCGCCCAUAACUUUUAUUGCUAGUCAAGAUGAUCAGAAAAUUGGAAGUAACACACACAUCACUUCAAAUGUAUCGGAAAUCACUAAAAGUAAUAAAGCAGAGGUAACAGAUACACCAUCAACCAGUAGAAUGAAUGCAUAUAGUUCAACACCGAGUGUGACAGAGUACCAAUCUACAAGCGGUACAGAUACACAUAGUUCUCAUAUUACUAAACAUAUUCAAACGAAAGGCAGGAUUAUUUCUGAAGAUAGUUCUAGCACGACACGGCAAGUAAAAACAGAUGUUACUUACGAAGCACAAAUUAGCUUAAUAUCUCAAUCUGCUGAAAGUCAAGGAAAGAAGAAGGCAUCUCAAAUUACAAAACCAUACAAACCCUUACAGCAUACCACAGCGCAACCGAUUAUAACAACUGAUUUGCCAAAAACAAUUAACGUUAAACAAAACACAAAAGGACAUAAUGAUUAUCGUCAAAGUCUAGGGACGCACAGUGAAAGUAUUAAAAUGAUAGGUGUAACAAAAUCCUUAUCUAGAGCUUUAGCCCAGCAAACCGAUAUACUUUAUAAAAAUAGUAAUGGCAUGAAAAGCAAGUCAGUGCAAUUCCAAAGAAUCUCUACUAGACCGAAAACUCUACUACCUAGGCUUGUAACAGAAAGUCCGUCUGAAAUAUUGCCAGUUGUAAAGGAAGAUCAUUUAAAACGUGCACACAUGGAGGGUGUCAAUGGGAUAACGCAUAAAUCACAACAAAUAAUAAAAAGAACAUUAGGACCUAAAGAAUAUUAUUAUACGACAACCCCAUUUGUUGGGCAAUCAUCUAAAAUCAUAACAAGUAACAAACCAGAUAUAAUGAACAUUACAACUAGAAUAAAUGGAAAACAAGAAAAUAGAGAAAAUAGGAAGGUUAAAACAAAGAAAGAGAAAAAAGUGUCUGAACGUAAAACUGAUGUUACACCAAGGAUGACGAAAGCUAAAAGUAAUGGAAAACAAGUCGUAGCUAAAGUAACUGCAAGUUCUAAACAACCAGAAUCGCAUCAUGAAACAACAGAAAGAAAAAUAGUUAAAGAUGUUCUAACUACUAUAAGACCAGAAAUAAAGCAAUUAAAAUAUUUCACAAGGUCUGAGGUAACAAGAAUACAUCGGAAUGAUCCCCACCCCUUUUCAAGCAACACACUUUUAAAAGACGAACACACAAAAAAUACUAGAAACAUAAAUGCGAUCUCUCCCAAAACUGAUAAAUCUUUAAGAAAAACAAACAAUCAAAAGGUACCAUAUGAUGUGUUAGUAGAUAAAGUCAAAGAAAGAAACACAAAGUUAUUACAAAAUAAUCUUAAGGCCAAUAUUUUGCAGCAUAACAUUGGAAAUAAUAGUGGUGUCAAAAUAUCUUUAUUUCCACUUUUUAAAGAACCUUCUGAGCACAACAAAAUAAAGAUUGAUCAAAUUACUCAAAAGUCUAAAGUUAUUUCGUACGACCCUCAGCGGCCAGUGCUACCGGGAAAUGCUGGUCCAAUGCAGAAAUCUAAAAGGAUGAACAAAUUUUCAACGUUUGACAGGGUGGCAGGUAGUAGGAAAUGGAAACCUAGACGAAACAAAUUUGAAGAAUUGCUUCUUGAACUAACAAGAAAACGGAAUGCUCGUGUAACUCCAAAACCUAAAUUACAGAUGUCGGAUAAAAAGGUACAAAGACAAAAGCCUAAGUAUAGUUCAGUUUCUAGUUUCCACGACAAUAAAAAUGCUAUGUCAGUGACCAAUAUCAUGAAGAAAAUGAAAGGUAUGCAAAUUAACACUAAGCCUGAAAUACGUAGAUCUAAGUUAGACAACCCAAUUGAGCGCGGUAAUUUUGAUAUUUCAUCAUCAACACGUAACAAAAACGACCAGAAUAGAAUUGGGAUUCAAAGGGACACUAAGCCAGGAAUAGGUUCUACUAAACAACUGGAACAACUUCUUGCUGAAAACACAGGCAAUUCUUUUCAGCUUUUCAGUUUGCCAAAAUACACUCGUAAACAGGAAUCAAAACCAGCCAACGGAGUGUAUCUUCAACCUCACAGCAAAACAAGCCCCGUGUCAAUUCUUGAUUUGUUACACAAUGGUAUCACGAAAAUAAAAACAAAAAAGAACCUGGAACCAGUAUUACCAAAGCUAGCUGGACGUGUUUUUAAGAAUAACAUUCUAAAUAAGUCUCCAUUGAAAACUUCCACUGAGCCAUCGAAUCCACUUUUGAAGCAAAGAUUGCCGCAAAGAGAUCCGUCUCCUGAAAUUAAACCAGUUUGGCUUCAAAAUGUUUUACAACCCAGUGGAGUCAAACACAAUGUAAUUGGAUAUAUGCAAAAUGAAGUAGGGCAGAAUGAGAAACGUUCGAUGGGUAUUGGUAAACCUCGGGAGUUUAAGAAAGAAAUUAAGGAUCAAAUCAAUGAGAAUAAACCAGUGAAUAGUGAGACCAAAAGUGGUAUAAAUAUACUAAAUAGUUUACUCUCAGGUCAAGUGAAACGUGAUGGACAAGUUCAAUUGUUCAAUAUUGCGCCACCUUCUUCCUAUACAAAAGUUUCAAAAAUGUUGUUUGAUCCCAGCAUUAUUCCGAAGAACACACCAAACAAUCCAUUCAAACCAUUAAAUGUUGACCGAAUAUCUCAUAGGAAAUCAUAUUUGGAUGCAGCUAAUUUAAAUAAAGGAAAUAAUGUGAAUCGGCAACAAAAUUCUAAAAGCAACAUAAACAACAAGGAAAGGACUUUUCAUUUGACACCAUCUCAUGUUAAAAAGGAAAACGUGUUGACAAGUAAUCCGGAUAAACAUGAAAGUAGAAAUAUGGUAAUACGGAGAUGGUUGGACAAAUUUAAAAGUGAGUCUACACAAAACCCGAUUCCAAAAACCCAAAUUAGUAAACAAAGCUUGGAAAGCAGAACGUCGCGACCAAAUCAAGAUGUAAGAUUCAGAGGAAUAAAACCAAAGAGAAUUAACCUUUUUAAUAGUUUUGAAAGUUCACCAGUGUUUACUCCAGUAGCACGUGAUAAGACAUCUAUUUAUAGAGAUGAACCUAAACAAAAUGCCUUACACAGGGAACGCUCAGCAUUUAAAACUCGUAAGAAUAAACAGUUUAUGACUGAAUAUAGACCAAACGAUGAAAUUCCAAAGAAACCAACAUAUCAACACAAACAAGUUGCAGCCUCGAAACCAAAGGUAAUAAACCUAUGGGACAUCAGUUCACCGAUAUUUGGGAAUGCACUGCUUGAACAGAUUUCGGCGGUCGACAAUAGAGAGCAGAACAGCGUACCUAUUAUCAAUCAUAAGGUUACUGAUAGUGUUGGAAACAGAAAAGAAACAAAUAAAAAGAAAGACAUACACAAAAAAUUGGCCCCAUUCAACGGGUCUAUCAAAAAGCUUUUAUUUCCAAAGCAAUUCGUUUUUUGAAGAGUGAAUCAUUUAAAGUUGACGCGUGACUGUUAUCCUAAAUUUCUUACAUCUAACAACAAAAUGUAUUUCACUCUCAAAAUGUAAAUAUAUACGUACGAAAUAUAUUUGACUCGCUAAGACUUUGGAUCUAUAUCCAAAUAUUAUAAGUCAAUGAAUACAGUGUUAAUAAUUGUCAAAGACACUUUAACCAGCUUGAAGCAAUAGAUCUAAUAAAAAUGCUCAAAACCGAGAUACUUACUCAAUACCUUAUCAUCUAUUUCAAUUCUGAUUGUGUGAUAUUAAACGCUUCUUGUGAUAUAUAAUACACUGCUUGAAGCGUCUGUUGUGGUGAACACUCCUAGGAAAAUGUUUCUUCACCUAUUCAAUCUCUCGUUUUAUCAUAAAUAUAUUGUGCGAGAAAUUAAAACAAAUAGGUGAUGAUAGACAGAGUAACACUGUGUCAGCACAAAGCCCAUACCCCAGCAUUCUCUUGGACGUGUUGUCAAUCAAACACUUAAACCAGCGAUCCGGAAAGGCAAGGGAAAGGCAUAGAUAAAAUUAAACUUGCGAUUUUUGUCAGAUGCAUCAGUACAAUUAACAACCUAAGUCAACAACAAAUCGAGUAUGGCUGUCAAAUUAAAGACACCUUUGUUAAUAAAUGAAUUGGUCAUUGUCAUGUUUAUUUCAUCAUUUUUAGGAAAGACUAAAUCACUUAGCACCAAAACAGAUCGAUUCUUGCCGUCAUAUCAAAGACAACCGCACAUCGUUAAUAAAUGUAUUGUUUAAGCCACAAUGAUGUGUAUUUCAUUAUUUUCAGGAAAUGGUUAAAAAAACGAGCUAAGCUGGAUUUUAACGAUCUGUAUUUAGAAGUUAAAAUUUAACCACUUAUUUUUAAUAAAUAUUAUACCAGAUACAUUUUCAAUAUUUUUAGAUUACAGUUCUCUUUGUGCAUGUAUGAUUUUUAUUGUAAUUGUAAAUUUAUUUGAAUUCGUAAAAUAAAUGAUUUUA